AUGCCUUCAGGAGUGGCCAGCUUGGUCCCCUCAUGUUGGCUGAUGUUGCGGACCGAUCAGGCCUCCAAGCGCGCUGAUGGCCAUGCCCAUUUCCAUAAAGACACUAAGCGCUGCGCCACUUACAGCCGAGUUCGUGCAGAAGCUAAUGACCCUCGUGGAGAUGGCCUCAAGGGCGUAAAGGUUGAGUCGUCCGUACUUCACCCCUUGGAGGAGCAUGACUUGCCAGUAUCUGUCAUAAAGACUCAGCAGCAUGACGCACAACAAGUGAAGAAUGGCGGCGGGGUGGAUAACCUGAUGAUGGGCAUUUGUGCUUAUCAGAAGCGAUGCGAAGACCGAGACGAAGAGGUCUGUCAGGAUGGAGCACUUGUGGCAGCCAAAUUGGUUGAACAGUGA